AUGACUACUCAUCCUUCUGAAGGAGAACGAUACUACUUGAGAUUACUCUUAUCAAAGGUUCGAUAUCCAACUUCAUUUGAUGACUUAAGAACCUUUAAUGGAGUUCAAGUAGAAACGUUCCAAGAAGCAGCAUUAAUUCGAGACCUGUUACAAAAUGAUAACAACCAAGAAAUUUGUUUACAAGAAACUUCAGUGUUUCAUAUGCCCUAUGAAAUGAGGCAACUUUUUGCAACAGUUUUAGUUUAUUCUUGCCCUAAUGACCCAAAGGCAUUGUGGCAAAAUUUUGAAUCUUCUAUGUCAGAAGAUUUUGCCAAAUGUUCAGCAAUGACAUCUGCACAAGUGAAAAGAAAUGUCCUGCAACAAAUUGAUGGAUUUUUGCAAUCCAUGGGAAAAAGUGAUACUGGGAAAACAUUUUUGUACAGAGCUUUGUUAGCUGAUGUUAGAACUAAAGGCUAUCUUGCACUUGCUACAGCUACAUCAGGAAUUGUAGCUUCCAUUUUACCAGGUGGAAGGACUGCACAUUCCAGAUUUAAAAUUUCAAUAGAUAUCUUUGAUGGUGCAACAUGUCGAGUUAGUAAACAAACUUCUUUAGCUGCAAUGAUCAAAGAAGAAAAACUAAUAAUCUGGGAUGAAGCACCAAUGUCUAAAAAAGCAGCAAUUGAAGCUUUAGAUGAUCUCUUAAGAGAUUUAAUGAAUUCAAAAGAAGUAUUUGGGGGAAAGGUAGUUGUGCUUGGUGGAGAUUUUAGACAAACAUUGCCAGUUGUUAGAAAGGGAACAAAAGCUGAAAUGAUAAAUGCAUGUUUGAUAAAUUCUCCAUUAUGGCACAAAUUAGAAAAAUUGCAAUUAACAGAGAACAUGAGAGCAAAAUUAGAUCCUUCAUUCACGCAGUUUCUUUUAAAAAUUGGAGAUGGAACACAGGAAACAGAUGAGAAUGAUAUAGUAAAACUUCCAUCUUCAAUUAUAGUUAACUAUAAUAAUGAGACUGAUGCAAUUGAAAAACUAAUCAAUAUUGUGUAUCCUGAAUUUAAAGAUCCUUCAAAGAAACUGCAUUGCUCACAAAAUAGAGCAAUUUUAACUACAAAGAAUAACUUUGUAGAUGAAAUAAAUGAUCAAUUGAUCGAAAAAUUUUCAGGAGAUUUGACUGAGUACUUAAGUUAUGAUGAAACACUGAAUGAAAAUCAUCAAUCUAAAUAUAUUGAUCUCUUGAAUACUCUUACGCCUAGCAAUUUACCUCCACAUAGAUUACUGUUAAAACCCAAUGCCCCAAUAAUUCUUUUAAAAAAUCUUGAUCCUACUGAAGGAUUAUGCAAUGGAACAAGACUGAUAAUAAAGAGUUUGAGCAAGAAUGUUAUUUGUGCUAAAAUUGCAGUCGGUGAUUUUUGUGGCAAAGAAGUUUUUAUACAUAGAAUUUCCAUGCAGCCACCAAGUGAUGAACAAUAUCCAGUUCCAUAUAAGAGAACACAAUUUCCAAUUCGUUUGUGCUUUGUGAUGACAAUAAAUAAAGCACAAGGCCAAACUUUAGAUUUUGUUAGUAUUUAUUUGAAAGAACCUGUGUUUUCACAUGGCCAAUUAUAUGUUACACUUUCAAGAGCCAAAACAGCUUCAGCUGUAAAAGUGCUUAUCAGGCCAACUUAUUUUGAUGAAUCAUGCACUGAUCAUACUAAAAAUAUAGUAUAUAAAGAAGUUCUUGAAGCUUCCCAGAUUACAUUAUCAGUGCUAGACAUUCAGAAAGGAGCAGAAAAGUGGACUGUUCUAGCACAAGUUGUUCAGAGAGGCCACAAUCAACUGACUCGUGAAGUUUCACCUAGGCGAAUUAUGCGUUUUCUGCUCACAGAUACUGAGCCUUAUCAAAGAUAUUAUGUUUCUAAUGCAAUUGUUGUUCCUGCUGACCCAACAUACAGAAUUGGGACCUAUGAAUGCUCGUGGAUUUUGAACUACAAGACUUUGAUUGAAAAUUAUGCUGAACCUGUGCCACCUAUGUUGCCUUGCAUAUUUGAGCUGACAAACUUCUCUGAUCUGCACAAAUAUGUUGAUUCAGAUAAUCUUUGCAAUAUUAGAGGCUUUGUGAUUCACGCAUUACCAGUAAAACAAGCAGAUCCAGAUUGUACUUCUAGAGACAUUAUAAUAGAAGAAACUCAUGCUUAUGACUCUCUGGAAUGA